CUCUCUUAUCCACCACCGCGCGCGCGCCUCCUCAAAAGCGUCUGCGUUUCUACCCUCGCCCGGCCCCGCUGUGAAGUCGCAAGACGCUGCGUGGGCUGCUGAGUGCCUGAGUUGCGAUGGCGAUGGCGACGGGGCAAUAAGAAGCAUCCACGCAAGUCAACAUAGCUAGCUAGCUAUAGAUUUCUCCAUAUAUAGCGGAAAAACCGCACGGCCGAUUUGGCUGCUCGAUCCUGUGCGAGAAGGGGACGAGUUGCUAGCUAGCGAGCUCCUGUUGAGAGAAUUAAAGGGGGGAUGCCCAUGGAGUACGGGAGGAGGCAGGCGGCGGCGGGGGUGGUGGUGGCGAUCGAGUGCGUGGCCGGCGGGUCGAGGGCGGAGGAGUGGGGGCCCGGGAGCAGCGAGACGGUGCAGACGGGCGACGUCGUCGAGGAGCUCCGCAUCGGGGUCGGCGCCCGCGGCGGCGCCACCGCGCACGCCGCGCCGUUCAAGGGCGGCCGCGCCGCGCUCCAGAAGCUCCUCCACGCCGCCUACAAGCGCGGGGACACGUCCGUCGAGGUGCGCGUCCGCCGGCCCGCCCAGGCCCAGGCCCAGGCCCAGCAGCUGGGGGACAGCGGGGAGCUGCUGGCCGGCACCGUGGAGGUGGCGGCGGCCACGACCAUGAUGCAGGCCUGCAUCGUGCCGCAGGAGGCCGCCGUCGGGGGCGGCGGCGGAGGAGUCGGCGCCGUCGUCUCCGGGAUGGGGAUGGUCGGGCGCAGCCGCCAGUACGUGCUCCGCUCCAUCCGUGACCCCAACUACGCCGUCGGGCUCGUCGACCGCAUGGAAAGCGAGUGCGUCGCCUUCCGAGGGUCGAGGAGCUCGAGGGUGGUGUGCGCGCUGAGCAAGGCGCAGCUGCAGGACGGGUACGUGUCGUACCCGUGGGAGAAGAAGAUGCGGGAGGUGCUCCCGGUGCCCAGCUCCAGCAGCUUCCUCUCCCUGCUCGUCCUCCCCACGGCGCUCGACCGCGCAAACUCCCGCUACAACUCCGUCGACGACACGCUCGCCCGCGCCAACGCCUGGUUCCUCUCCUCCCAGGCCUCCGGGGUGCCCGUCGCCUUCCUCAACGUCCAGACCGAGGCCCUCCUCACCAAGAUCUCCGGCGACAUGGCCUCCGCGACGGUCAACUCGGGGUCACUGGCCGACCUUCCGAACCUCGCCAACGCCAGCCUCUACGGGUUCGAGGACUACCACGGCGUGGACAUCGGCGUCGUCAAGGCGGUGCGCCUCUGGUACACCGCUGCCGCCGGAGAGAUGCCCGUGGAGAUCACCCUCGAAGAAGGCGACACCAAGCUCGGCUUCGCCAUCAGCCGCACCGAAGAGGGUUUCCUCUACAUCUCGUCCGUGAUGGAAGACGACGGCGACCGGCCGGCGCCGUCGACGCGGUCGGGGCUCCGCGACCUCUACCGGGAAGCCAAGCGCGCGUCCAAGCUGCUGGUCAUCUCCAGGGUGUCGUGCCACAAGGUGCUGCCGUGGAUGGUGUCCACGUCGGGCGCCAUCCGCUGCUUCGACACCGUCUCGCUCAGCCAGAAGCUCUCCCUGCACCGCCACGCCCUGCGGCCCAUCCUGCUCCACGUGCUCAUGUGGGACGUCAACACCGACGCGCCGGCACGCCAGCCCGGGCCGUGCCCUACGCCGCAGCCGUCCCCAGCGUUCGCCGAGCUGCUGCGGCAGAACUCCUUCUCGUGGGUCGACCAGCAGGCGCAGGCGGACGGCGAGCAAGGGGUCAUCCAGGGGAGGGACACCGCAGGGGACGCGUCCUUCAGGUUCCACAAUUUCUCGCUGCCCAACAACUGGGUCUGAUGAACGCUUGCUUGCUGGACAAAGCCUUUGACGCCCUUACAGUUACGGUCUUAAUUACUGGCUCGCUGUACAUAUGUAAAUCUUGAUUAGUCGGUUUGUGAUGAGGAAGAACACGUCGUGGUGUGACAGCGUAUUGCGCGGAGUGGAUUAUAGUUUUGGCCAGUAAAAUAGUGCUGUGUCUGUCUAGCAAGGCAGAUAUCCCUCACACACGCACACACAAGAUAUAGCAAGGCAGAUAUCACUCUCA